ACAGAAGGUGAGAAAAUCCAUCCCGGGGACAGCCAAUUCAGCUCGAAGGCACCAAGGUGACCCCGGCUCGGGAGGCGGGCGGGGAGCGGCGCGAAUGCACAUCCGGUACCAGUUGAAAGAUGGAUGAUGAUGACUUUGGAGGAUUUGAGGCAGCAGAGAGUUAUGAGUUUGGAAAUGGUGAAAAGCAGACCACAUCCCCUGCUAUUGCUUGGGCAGCAUUUCCUACAGUACCUGAAGUCCACAGAUCUCCUGAUGUUCUUCUGGAGCACUCUGUGCCUUCUUCCUGCCUGGCUCCUUCUGACUCAUUCAUUUUGUCAAGUGAUAAUGUGGCAACAGCUGUUCAAACAGCCAACAGUGUGAUAAAUCCAGCUGUUCUUGAAGAACAGAUUCAAGCAGAUAUUCCAGUCACCUCUUCAAAUGUAAUUGAAGGCAAGACUUUAGUUGCAUCAACCACUGCUUUGAUUGAUGUUGAGACACAGAGAACAAAUGAAGCGAAGAGCUGCCUUCAACAAGCUGUUGCAAACCUAGAAAUCAAGCUUUGCACUGCUGAAGAAGAAAAAUUGAAAAUUAAAAAGGAACUAGAAUAUUUGCUGGAAAAACAUAGUGUUUUAGAAAUGGAUUUCCUGAAGGAAAAAAAAGAAAAAGUACCACAUCAAGAUCAUUACAAGACACUCCAGGAAAAGCAUAAGCAGGAAUUAGAAGACAUGAGAAAAGCUGGACAUGAAGCCUUGAGUAUUAUUGUUGAAGAAUUCAAGGCACUGCUACAAUCUACAGUUCAGCAGCAAGAAGCAGCUAUUGAAAAGCAGUAUAUACUUGCAAUUGAAAAACACUCUCACAAAUGUGAAGAGCUUCUUAAUGCUCAGCAUCAGCGACUCCUUGACAUUCUGGAAGCAGAGAAGGAAGUGUUAUCAGAAAAGACAGAAGAAGCUUUGAUGCAGCAGUCACAAAAGCACAAGGAAGUGCUGGACAAAUGUUUGGAUGAAGAAAGACAAAGAAGUAAGGAGGCUGUGGCAGCUGCUGCCAAGGCUGAGAAAGAAGCAGUGCAGGAAGCUGUUCUGAAAGCAGUAGAGGAGGAGAGGAGGAAUAUGGAGAAGAUUCGUGCAGAAGAAAGAAAAAUGUGGGAAGCAGAACGUGAUAGUCAUAAGGAGAAGAUUGCCCAGGCUGUUUCAGAAGCCAUGGAGGAACAAAGAAAGCAGAAUCAGGAAAUUGUCAAGGAAGCAUUAAUGGAGGAGCAGAAACGAAGUGAAAAGGCAAUGGAAGAAGCAGUGAAAAGGACAAGAGAGGAACUGAUGGAAUAUAUUAAAGAACAGAAAAGGGAAUGGAAUUUUGCCAGAAUGCACAGAGUUGGAGCUCAUUGCCAUUAUGUCAUUGCCUGGCUUCUGUUUACCUGUCUUGCCCUUGUGAAGUUUUCACAAAGCAUUGAAACAAUGAAAACGUCAUCUUCAAAAAACCAAAAUCCUCUUUGGUUUAUCCUGAAGGAGCAUAAGUUCCAUUCAUUUCCUAGAGUUCUUGUAUACCAAAGUGUUUCACUUGAUCAAGUUGUCCGUCAGAGAAAUCUGCAUAGUUUGGAACUUUUCCUUUCAUGUGCACAGAAACAGUUAAACGUUUUAUUAAAGGAAGAGCCAACCACAGAGGAAAACAGAGACUGACAUUCCCGGUACCACUGAUACAAUGUGAUCUGUGAAGCUGCAAAUCUCAAUUCAGCAAGUGAUGAAUAUAUUCUAAUCUUUUGGGAUUGUAUUAUUGAUUCAAGGUUAAUCUGAAACUAUGCUUGAUAGAAAUAUGUGUGGAUGAUGUUCUGUUAUUUAUUUAUUUGUUUUACUGCUAUUAUCAGAUUGUAAAUAUGGAAGGGGAAAAAAUCCAUGAGAAAAAAAAUUGGGUUUUUUUAUGAUUUUGUUUUCAUUGCAUUUUCUAGUAACCCAUGGUUGAAGUGUUAGGUAACUUGUAGCACUGAUGAAAACAUUUCCCUGUUAUGUCUGUUUUAAAUUUGGCAUCAUGUGUUGAUGUGAUUCAUCGUUAUUUUUGAUAUUUUAAAAAAUUGAAACAAACUUACUUGAAUAUUGAUAUAAAUCCAUCUCUAUUUCCACAGUAUAUACCCAAGUCCAUUGCCUCAGGUAAACCUGAGGAGCUUAUUAUUUCUUACUGGUUUUAAUGUAUAACAGAGGAAUCAAUGCUGAUACAUAAGAGUGUUGUCAGGCAUUUCUUUAAUCAUUUAUAAAAAACUUCAGCUCUGGUAAUAGAGAAUUUAAAAACUAAACAGUGCAUCUUUUUAGAGUAGUGCAAAACACUGCCAUAGCCAAUGUAUGGUAUGUAUUUUAUUUCUGUUUUACAGAGCUACUUCAAUUCCAAAAGUAAUUUUCUCAUGAAAUUACGAUUAAUGUGACUGACCUCAGUUUCAGGAAGAAGAUGUAUGUAAUUAUGUGGAGACUGAUACUGUACUGCCUCAGUGGAAUUUCUGACAGAAUAAGGAGAGCAGCUUGCUGACCUCAGAUGCCCUUUCUGAGUUGCAUGAAGGAAGUAGAAAAGCUCCCCACAGACAUUACUGGACUUCGGAUCAAGUCAUAGGUCUUUCUAGUCUUGCUAACAGCAGAUGGAGUGGAAUUUCUGUGCCUGCACUCUAUUGGUUGUAGACUUGGGGCCUUAGUUUUAAAAGAGUGCUGAAUGAAAUAAGGGAAAAUAAGUGUUCACACUUAGGUAUGGAAAUAAACUAAGAGUGAUCUCUCUUAUGGUGAGCUUGUGAUUCAGUGGGGGACUUAUGGGUGUUUUUUAGUGUGGUUCUUGUUAUUCAGCAGUACUUUGGGGUUUUUUGUUUGGCUGGUUUUUUGCACCAGCAGUCACUUUUCAUAAAUUGCUCUUGUAGAGCAAUAAGGAAACACCAAAUGGUUGCAUAAAGUAUUUGGUGGUAUGAAAUAUGUAUUACAGAAAGUUUAGAAUUUUAUUUAAAUCUUUUUCUGCGCUUCGUUUUUGUAAUCAAAGCCAAAGAUUUUGUCUUCUGUGUACACAAAAAUACCCUGCAAAUGGAUGAAAAUCUGAUCUUAUGUUUGA